AUGGAUAGCAUAAAAAAAUACUUUGGUCUAGCUGAGAAUCAACCUUCCACUUUGAAAAGGGGUCGCGCUGUAUCAGAAUCUGAGGAAACUGAAGAAUUAAAUAUCCCACCCGCAAAGGCGACUGAAAAGAAAAAAUCGCGAAAACAAGGUUUUUCUCUGAAAUGGUUGGAAGAUCCUCUUUUCUCAGGAUGGUUAUUCAAAUCUAAAGAUGGAAAAGCUAAGUGUAUAUGUUGCAAUAUUUAUUUGUCGACAAAAAAAUCGGAUUUAUUAAAACAUGCUAAAACCGGCAAGCAUACAUUAAAUUCCCAGAACGUAUCCAAUACCAAAACAAUAAGUGUUUUGUUUAAACAGCAAAAUAUUACCAAAGACGUAAUGAUCGCUGACCUGAGAUAUUCAUUAUUAGUUGUGGCACAUAAUUUUAGUUUUAAUUCUGUAAAACAUGUCGUAGAUAUUUCGAAAAGAAUAUUUAGUGACUCUUCAAUGAGUGAAAAAGUUAAAUUAAGUAGAACAAAAUGUACUUUGUUAAAAAUGUUCUUUCACCUGUAA